AUGCUGUUCUAUGCAUCAGAAGUAGGGGUUAUCCUGGGUCUCGAACAUAUGCAUAAUCGUUAUGUGGUUUACCGGGACUUGAAGCCCGCCAACAUACUUUUGGAUGAGAAUGGCCACGUUAGAGUGUCGGAUCUCGGUCUUGCUUGCGAUUAUUCGAAAAAGAAACCCCAUGCCAGCGUAGGAACUCAUGGUUACAUGGCACCGGAAGUGCUCGCAAAAGGAGUCGCCUACGAUUCCUCGGCUGACUGGUUCUCUCUCGGUUGUAUGCUUUACAAAUUGCUCAAGGGUCAUUCGCCGUUCCGACAGCACAAAAGCAAGGACAAAAAUGAGAUUGACAAAAUGACAUUAACACAAGAUAUUGAGCUGCCUAAUGAGGGAUUGUCACACGAGUGUCGCGACCUUUUGGAAGGACUGCUUAAGCGAGAUGUGCCGGAUAGGCUUGGAUGCAAAGGGAGAGGGUAA